AAGCGUGGAAACGUGGGAAGCUGCGCGUGGGAAGCGUCUGGAGCUUCUAUGGGUGGUGGUGGUAUUGUUUUUUCUGAUAUUCAUCAUGAUAACUCCAGUAUUUGAACUGAGUCAAGAUCCAGAUUUUCUCACAAUAAUUAUCAAAGUACCUUAUGCACGAGUUUCAGAAUUUGACAUCUAUUUUGAAGGGAAUUUGUUUCGUUUUUAUGCAAAACCUUACUUUCUCAGAUUAACACUUCCUGGAAGAGUUGUAGAAGACGGAAGAGAGAAAGCAUCAUAUGAUGAUUCAGGGAUAUUUACAAUCCACCUUCCCAAAGAGACUCCUGGAGAAAAAUUUGAUGGCCUAGAUAUGUUGACAGCUCUGUUAGCACCAAAGAAAUCCCGGUCAGCUAAACCUUUAGUGGAAGAGAUGGGUGCUCCAGAUGAGGAGAACAUGGAAGAGGAGGAGGAGGAGGAAUUUGACUGGGAAAUAGAACAAACUCUUCAAAAAGAUAACAUGGAGGAUUCCUUGUGUCCAUCAAAUACCUAUGGAUUUGGAAGUCAGAAAUCAGGAGUUUUUCGACGUCUCCAGGAUGAACUUAAUGAAGUUGUGGAUGUUAAAGAUCCAGACAUAACACCUCCAUCUGAACGCAGAGAAAAACGACUUGCAGCAGAAGCUGCUAAAUUUGAUCCUGAUCAUUACCUAGCUGAUUUUUUUGAAGAUGAAGCUAUUCACCAUCUGUUGAACUAUAAGCCCUGGUGGGUUAACGCCUACGAGUUGAUGAUGAAUGCUCAAGAAAGCACUUCAUGGAUUUCCUUUACAGAAGAUGAGAAAGAGCAGCUAAGAAAAUUCACUAACAGGACAUUCCUGCUUGAUAAAAGAACCAGCCAACAAGUCUAUCUGAGCUUAAUUGAUAUACUUUUAGCAUAUUGCUAUGAGGUCUGUGCCACUGAAGGAGAAAAUAAUGUUGAAUCACCAUGGAACAUACGAAAAUUGAGCUCAACUUUAUGCUGGUUGGAGAGUUUUACUAGCAUUUCCGAAGUCCUUAUAUCCUUUGGAAGAAGAGUUCUGUGCUACCCACUUUACAGACACUUCAGUUUAGUGAUACGAGCCUUGAAUGAUACUAUAAUGAUACUGAAAUUAGGUAAAAGUGCCAUUUUGAAGUGUCUGCUAGACAUUCACAAGAUUUUUCGGGAGAAUGAUCCUGCAUAUAUUCUCAAUGACCUUUACAUCACAGAUUACUGCAUUUGGAUUCAAAAAGCUAAGUCAAAGAAGUUGGCAGCUCUUGCUGAUUGCAUGCAGAAAGCAGAGCUGGGUAAGGAGGACUUGGGUUUCGAAUUAAAUGAGCUGGAAACAGCCGCACUUCUGGUACGAGAGGAAGAGAAAGAGUUAAAAGCGAUUGACGACGCAGGCGAUUCUGAGCAGCAGCUGCUGCUGCCUCCCUCCCAAGAAGAAGCAAGCGAAUUCGAGGACUCGGGCAGCACUUCAUCAUACGAGACAGAAGUCUCUGAUUCGGAUGAACAAGAGUCCUCAGCCAGUGAAGAUGGGAAAAUAAAUCCUUUACAAUGCACACUCCCAGAGAAGAGGACAGACCCACUUAUUGACGAUAAUGGAUUAAGGCAAGACACAGGCACUUUGACACUGGAGGGUAGUAAUGAAAAAUCAAAGGCUUCUCUACAGUCUACAUCUGUUUCGGGAAAACUGAUAGAGGAAUUAGAAAAGCAAAUGCAGGCGGCAGUAAGGCUGACGGAGUUGCCUAAAGCUGCACCUCCUCUGAGGGGUGACGGCCAGGAUUGCAGCAGCCCUUCGCAAGGGAUGGGAACCAAAGGCACUGCUCAGCCUAAAGGACUUUUACUGGAUCCUAAUUAAGAGGAACAUUUCUUGGAAGUGACUCCAAAGUUUUGGGCUUGCGAACACCUUAUCGGUUUUCCCAAAGUAAGAAACGUGCAGCAGCACCAAUACAGCAAUGCAGCCUUCUACCUAAUUGAAGCCAGUGGGCACUUGGCUACCCACGCUUUUAAUAACAGAUUGCUCAGCAUCUUGGCAGCUGAACUGCGAUUUGUGCUUAUUGAAAAGCUGAGAAUCUGA